GAAAUCCAUGCCCUAUUACCCAAACAAAUCCCUGAUCUGCAAAAAGCAUUUUCAGUAAGCCUAAUGAAUUUGCAUGCCGUCACCACUGUGGGAGUUGACCUGGCUCCACUUGGGUUUAAAUUGCAAGAUCUGCCUUCAUUUCUCUGCCUGUGAAUGUCUCACUGGGCCUAUAAGAAUAACAAGAAGUCAGAGACCGGAGUGUGCUACAAAUACAUUAUGGAAACCAUCUCAGAGAUCAUCCCGUUCGCUAAGGAGAUGCUGAACCAGAGGCCCACCCGCAGUAUGCUGAAGAUCUACAUGCUGGGCUCUACUCUGUUGAUGCUGGGAGUCGUGGGGGGACUGGUGGAAACUGUUCUGCCGUUUGUGGAGCAGGAUACUGUUGAGGAUGCUCCAGGAGAGCUCAUCAUGGAGAAGAACCAGAAGGAGAAGAAGUCAGAAACAACCCAGGUCAGCCCUGAAGAAGAGGAUGACGUGUACGAGACGGAGCUGAUGGAGGCCAAAGCCAAACAUCUGGUGACGGCCAGGAGGAGAAGCUCCAUCCGCUUACUUGGCUCUUAAAGAAAUGUAAAUGUAAAUGGUGCUAAAUUAAAUCACCACGUUGAACUUG